CGCGGCCGCCGCGGUCGCCCCCGUCGCGCUCGCGCGACGACGACGACGACGCCUCACGAUCGCGCGCGCGGAGCAGAGCCCGCGGAAGGAGACCCCGACGGAGAUGGACUCCCCCGUCGGCGACGUCCCGCCCGACGCGCCGCCGUCCCCGGAGAACGCCGGCGGAGGAGGAGGAGAGGAGGACUCGGCGCGCGCGCUCGGCGACCAGAUCGCGGCGCUGAGAAACCCGCCGUCGGGGACCAAGCCCGGCGACGCGAGCGACAACAUCGUCGUCGGCGCGUUCGAAGAGAUCGGACGGAUAGAGUGGCCGACGCCGAUCGGCGCGCUGAAGACGACCGGGAUCGUCAUCGCGAUCGUGACCGGCAGCGCGGUCGUGUUGCUCACGGUGAACUCCGCGCUGUCGAGCGUCUCGCAGGCGGUGUUCGGGUGAAAGGUUUUGACGUUAAUAACACAGGCGACGACGGCGGCUGGAUGGUUGCGCGCUCGGACGCCGGCGCGGACGCGGACGCGGGUUCGGACCCGCGGCCGGCGCGGGCGAACCAGGGCGGGUUUCGGGGGAGGACGAGGAGGAGGAGGAGGGCGUCGGUCGAGCGCGUCCGUCCGCGACGCGACGCGCGCGAGCCCCCGACGACGAGACGACGACGCGAGACGGAUGAUCGAAAUCGAAAAAAAGGAUUAUAAAA